AUGUCAUCAGGGUCAUAUAAUAAGGAAUUAUCAUCUAUAGCACCGUCCAUAUGUGCUUCGUUGGUGACCAGCACUCUUUUGUAUCCGCUUGAUUAUUACAAGACUCUACAGCAAUUGUCAUACGGUCUGCGAAAUGUCGUUUUACCAGAUCAACCAAAAUACUUUUUCUCUGGGCUUUCGGCAGUAAACACUUCGGUAUUUUUCAAGAGUUUUGUGAGAUUCGGGACUUUUAAUUAUUUUAAUAAAUUGAUUGAUUCUACAAACUCUCCAAACAACCCGGGGUUGUUAAUCUCAUCGCUAUUUGCCGGGGUGUCAGAGUCGUUGGUAAUUGUUCCAUUCGAAAAUAUCAAAAUCAACUUGAUAGAAUCAAGUUUAUACAAUUCAUUACCAGGAACCUCAAACCCCCAUGGAUUGCCUGGUCAAUUUGCUGCGGGGGCAGUCAAUAACCAAAUACCAAUUAACCGUCCAAAAACCAAUACUACCACCAACAACAAAGCAAACAUUUUUGCGGUUGCCUCGCCAAAAGUCAAAGAUUUAAAGAAAUCAGGGAUAAACAUUGGGGAAAUGACCUCGAAGAACAUCAUUGAAGGGGCAAAGAUUGUGUACAAUCGGAAUGGGGUCUAUGGAUUUUUCAAAGGUACCAACAUGACACUUCUCAGACAAUGUUCUAAUUCCGUGGGGUUCUUCACCACAUAUUCUGCCCUUAAACAAUUGUUGGAUCCAAACAAUACCAAGAGCAAUUAUUCGGAUGCCAUCAAAUUCGGUAUCAAUUUGGCGAGUUCCUUGUUCAUUGUAGGGCUUAACCAGCCGAUCGAUGUGAUCAAAACCCGGUUCCAAUCGGAAUUGUACUCGCACUUGAAAUACAAGAACUCGUUGCAUUGUGCUUAUAAGAUUUAUGCCACUGAAGGAGGGUUCAAGAAGUUGUACGCUGGGGCAUUACCAAGAUUAGUCAAGGUGAGUGUUAGUGGGUCGAUAAUGAUGGUGUUCUUCAAUUAUUUUGAGCAGCUUAUGUAG